AUGGAAUCUUGGGGCACCACACUCCUCCUACUGUUCUUUGCAAACCUUUUGGUCUUGGGGGUCUCCUCAACUCAAGAUCACGACAAACAUUUCCUUGAAUGCCUAAUCGAUCAGUUUCAAAGCUCAAAUGCAGACCCAUCCAACGUUGUUUACAACCCAAACAAUGCAUCAUAUGCAUCUCUUUUGCUAGCACCAAAUCUUCGACCGGAAUCAACCUCCCCAUUGAGACCCCUUCUCAUCGUCACCCCAUAUUAUGAACAUGAAAUUCGAGCAGUAAUUUACUGCUCCAAGAAGCUCGGGACACAGAUGAGAGUCCGAAGUGGGGGACAUGACUAUGAAGGACUUUCAUACAUUUCUGGGAUUCCUUUCGUCAUUUUAGACAUGAGGAACUUUCGAUCAGCAUCAAUAAACACCAAAGACAAAACUGCAUGGGUUGAAGUAGGCAUGACGCUCGGGCAGUUGUACCACACAAUUGCUCGACAUAGCAAGACUCUUGCUUUCACGGCAGGCGUUUGCCCAACCGUUGGCCUAGGAGGGCAUAUAUCUGGCGGUGGAUACGGCAUGAUGUCCCGGAAGCACUCCAUUGCCGCUGAUCACAUCAUUGAUGCUAAAGUAAUGAAUGCUGAUGGACAUAUUGUGGACCGCAGGUCCAUGGGCGAGGAUCUAUUUUGGGCCAUUCGAGGAGGUGGAGGUACUAGUUUCGGUAUAGUCCUCGCAUUUAAGUUGCAGCUAGUUACCAUCCCCGAAACGGUAACUGUUUUCAAAGUCUCCAGAACGUCGGAACAAAACGCAACCAGCUUGGUACACAAGUGGCAGUACAUUGCAGACAGGAUUGAUCAAAAUAUUUUGCUCAGGCUUUUCUUGAGAAGCAUCACGUCCCCGAUACAUGGAAACAGGACGAUACAUGCUACUUUCACUACCUUGUAUCUUGGUCGAGCCCACGAUCUCCUACCAAUAAUGCAAGAGAAGUUUCCAGAACUUGGUUUGGUGCAAGAAGAUUGUAUCGAAAUGAGUUGGAUAGAGUCGGCACUCUAUUUUGCAGGUCUAAGAAAUGAGUCCCUUGACAUUUUGCUGAGUAGAACUCCGACAGGCAUAUUUGCUCGGAAUUAUCUCAAAGGUAAAUCUGACUACGUGAGACAACCCAUACCUGUAACUGGACUAAGAGGGAUGUGGAGAUUUCUUCAUGAAGAGGAUGAACAUAUGGCUGAACUGCAGUUCAGUCCAUACGGAGGGGCAUUGAACGAUUACUCCGAAUCUGAAACUCCUUUCGCACAUAGAGCCGGUUUUAUAUUCAUGAUCCAUUAUGCAGUUACCUGGAAUAGCUCAGGAAACAGUGAAUUAGAAAGGCACAUGAACUGGAUCAGGAGAUUCUACAGCUACAUGGCCCCUUACGUUUCAAAAAACCCCAGAGCAGCUUAUUUCAACUAUCGGGAUCUUGACUUGGGGACGAAUAACGAAGGAAACACAAGCUACGCACAAGCCAGUGUUUGGGGGCUCAAAUACUUCGGGAACAAUUUCAAUCGAUUGGUUCGUGUGAAAACUAAGGUUGAUCCCUCCAACUUUUUCAGAAACGAGCAAAGCAUUCCACCUCUGUCUUUGUGAUAAAAGAAAGGUGUUCAUCGUUGCUCACCAUAAGCCCUAAUUACGUAAUCACUGAAUAAAACUGUUCCGUGGAAUUAAUCAAAAAAUAAAAUAACCAGAUC